UCAUGAACGUCUAGACGUGGUUUAAAAUAAAGUAGCAACUGGAUAACGAACCACAUGGUUUAACUUGAUAUUGAUCUAGAACAUAGCUCAAUUAUUAAACACGUGAAACGAUAUCUGUGUUAAAACACUGGACAUUUUAGUUGGUUCACAGUAAAAAAAAGGAUUUAAGGAAUUUAACUUGGUCUUGAAAAGGUGAAUGCAUUCUUGAACAUUGACAUCAUGUUAACGACAAGUGAGCCACCAGAUGCAACAAGUCGGAAGUCCGCGUUCCACCCGGUGUCACCUCUGGCAAAAACUCCCCCUGAACGCCAUGUAUGCGACCGGAAGCGUGACAGCGGAUAUGGAUCUGACUUUUCCCCGGCCUAUUCCGGAACCCCAAAACGGAAGUUUACGUUUGAUGAAAGUGACGACACUUCAAGUUUAGCAACGGAGAUAAAUGUCAUGAAUGUUAACAAUAAGGACAGUUUUGAUGACGUGUUCUUUGACCAUUUUGACGUCAUUCCUGAAGGUGAGGAAUCCGAUGACACGGAUAAAGAAGUCGAAGAGUUAUUAAGCGACUCACCGGACUGCCGGGUACUCUCGAACCCCAUCGCGAUCGUCCGCCCGCCGCCUCCCGCCCCAACGCCUGAGUCUGAUGAAAGUUCCAACUCAUCGGCGGCGUCUGUGGACUGCUUGAUCGCGUCCCCUUUUUACCACACUCAAUGGACUAAGCGAGACCGCGUGGUGUGCCGGAACCCCUUCCGGCCUAUAGUGAGCCGCAGCGUGGGCACCCAGACACCAAGCCCGCACUGCCAACUUAUCCAGGAUGUCCUUACCUCGGAACGCAUUGCAGCCUCGGUUCCAUUAACCAACAGAGGUCAUCCGGUGUUAAGGUUACGAAUGGGGUCUGACUGUGAGCGCCGCUCGCCGCUUCCGGAUGUGGUGCCGUCGACGGCGUUACGUGACCGGUCGGCGUCACUUCCGGACGUUGGGUCGCUACGCCGUCGGGAACAUGAGAAGCAGGUUGGACGGGAGCUGCGCCGGAUCAGCGAUGACUUUCAUACGCUACACAGCCGACGGAGGGAAAGAGGUCUGUCGAUGUCGUUUCCCUUACGCGCCGUUGACCUUCAAGCGUACUGGACAUCACUGAGACGUUACGUUUCCAAUAGUCCGUUAUUCCGCGGGGCUUCCCCGGAUCAACGCUGACGUUUCAGACGUUAAAACUUUGCGAAGGUCAACUACAGCUGAAGCUGGCUUACGUCAGAACUGAGAGGUUAGAUGACGUUCUUAGUCAUCGCUGGAUUCGAUGACGUCAUCUUGCUAGAGACUCACCAUGGCUGUUCACAUUGUCAUGGUAAAGAAAGACAACUUCGACAAUGACGUUCAACGUCAGAUUGUGGCGUUUCUCCACGCACGAAGGCUGCAUAGCAUGAUUCUGCCGUGGUGCCAGCCAGGGUUUAAGACCAUAACGACUGUGUCCGUCUUAUCACAAUCAACUGUGGAUUUCACGGGGCAUGAUAUUCAGACGCUUAGUCACGUGAUCCAGUCACGUGAUCUUUAUCACGUGAUCGCUGUCUGUUUCGUGACUUGUUCAUUUGUUUAGUUUUCUUUUUAGUUGGCAAAACAUUAGUGGUUUUGUGUCGUUAAAGGUUUUCGACUGAUCUCAUGAUUUCUCCCCUGCCACUUUAAGGGUUUCAUUUAUUCGUAUAUGUAUACAUGUUUGCGGUUAAAAAUCUUUGAACUAUUUUGCUCAUAACUUGUGCACUUCAGAAUUCAUAUAACAUUCUUGAAGCGGUCUUUCAUUGUUUCGUCCAUUUUUUUUAUUAUUCCGAAAUUCAAAUUGUACAACGGCUAAAAUGUUUGUAUGAAAUAUAAUUUGCAUUUUAAUUUUUGCAAUGUGAAAUGGUCUCGUUCUUUUACCAUUCCUUGGUAUGAUUUGGUGCAAUAGAUGACUGAAAUACAAAUCAUUUUGGCUUAUAAUCUGUAUCGCUGGGGCGUGGCUGUGUGAUUGUACCAGUCAUAAUGCAUAGGUCUCAAUCCACUAUUAGUAAAAACAUUUUUUAUUAAAACUUGCGUUGAAUGUUGAUUUUUACACAUUAUUUUUUCUUACCUUAUAUAUGACUUAAAACAAGAACAUAUUUGCACUAAGCUUAAAUCUUAAUUUGAUAUUGUUCUUGGCUUAAAGCUAACUAAAGAAUCUGAAUUUGAUAUUACUUUAAGCGUUAUUUAAAGCCAACUCAAAUGAAUUGUCACACUAUGGUGCUUAUUGCUAUGUAAAUUCGCUAGUUUUUUUUUGUAUGAAUAUUUAUUUCGUGUAGCUGCAAGCUUAAGAUUAUAUAACCUUAAUAUUUAAGUAUUUGUUAAAUCCUAUUUAUAAAAAUCCCUUUUCGUGCAAUAUUUGAUAUUUCAUUCUUUAAACAAUGUCAAAAAAAGUAUUUUAAAAAAAUGCGAAAAAAAGAAAGAAAAAGUGCUGUUUCAGUCUGGAUCUCAAAAUGAAUUGUACGUUAUUACAAUGAUUUGUAUAUUAAGGCAGUUUAUUAAGUGCUUUUACGAUAAAAUGGUAUUUUUGGGCCACAAUAAUAAAAUAGUUUGUUUGAUAUUUCCCCACCCACAUUUUCAAGUAAUUAAAAACGAUAAACACAAAACGACAACCAGAGGGGCAAAAAAAGUUCGGGUCGCGGGUACAUUGUUUUAAGUCGGCCGGGAAACGUCAAACAAAUUGUUUAUCAUGCGUGGCCUUACCAGUGUAAAAUAUUUUGUUUAAGAGAUUAUUUUGACAGUAUUGCUUAGGUUGGUUGGUUUCAGAAGUUAUUUCUGUUAAGGGUAUGUACCUUUUUUACCUCGGGGAUAUAUGUUGUACAUGCAUACUUUUUUUCGGAAAAUUGAUGAAAAUAAAUAAAUCAUAAAAUAUG